AUAGCAGAUGGCUUGGUCAAAGUCCACAUGGCUUUGGGGAACAUCGCAAGCAAAAGAGAGAGGGUUAAAAUUCUUUACAAAAAAAUUGAAGACAUCAUAAAAUAUUUGGAUCCCCAGUACAUCGACCGCAUGGCUGUUCCGGAUGCCAUGAAGCUGCAAUUCAUCUUGGCAGAAGAACCAUCCAUCCUGGCUCAGGUGGCGCUUCUGGAGCAGGUGGACAGCCUGAAGCCUUACCUGGACAGUGCACAUAUCAAAGCCGCUCCUGACCACGCCGCCAGACUCCAGCGACUCUCUCAGAUCCACAUCCAGCAGCAGGUACGCGGGGAGAAUCCGGGUGUUGGAUUCUCUGGACCAGUUUUCUCCCACUUUGGUCUCCUACUUUUUAUUCCCUUAAAAGACCCCUUCCAGACUCUGCUGCUUUCGAAGCAAUUUGUCCAGUGGGAUGAAAUGCUCAACCAGGUGGAAGCCGCCAAGCAGGUGAAGCCCGUGCCGGAGUGAGGGCCGUGGCCUGACAAGGACCCCUUUGGAGUCGCGUGCGGCUCCCUCGCACCCUCGUCCGACGCUUCCCUUUUUGUGAGCGAGAGAAGAGAGCCGUCAGGCCCCGGAGAGCCCUACCCGGAACUGCCUCCUUCAGUCAACCCGCAGCUCCUUGGACUGAUGUGCUUGUGGGGCCUGCC